AAAAACUUCAAGAGGUGGAACAAGGGUGGAAAGAAAAAUAUGUCAAAGAAUUCAUAUGUGUUACAAGACGGAUGCUAUUAAUUAAUCUACUAAUUUGUGAAUACAACAUACUAAUUUGUUAACUUCACAAAAAUGUCGUUACAAAAGCAGAUACGUGAGCUCUCUAAACCGUAUUACUGGAUAAAUAUUAUCCUUUCAAUAUCAUAUGUAAUCGCUAAGAAACUGUAUCCAUUAUGCACAAGGCUUUUCCAUCAUCGGGGCGAGGAAAUGUGUGAAUUGGAUAGCCGCGAAACAGAAAUUCUAUUUUUCCUGCUAAUUGUGGUUAUGAUACGUUCGCGUAAAACUGGAAGUGUAACCAUGGUAAAUUAUCUGUCCGCAUCAUUCCUCUACACAAAAGUGGCCAAUGUGAUUCUUUGGACCUAUAGUGAUUUUCGAUAUGGCAUUGCAUUCUUAUUAGUUUGCGUACUAGUGAGCACUGUAUUGCCAGAGCCAUCAUACCGUGGCCCUGAACAUAUCACCUACUUCCGCAACAUGCAAACAUUCGAAGAAGAAUUGGUACGGGAUAAGCGAAUUAGUUGGUUUAUUUGUUUCUACACCGUAUGGAAUCCUAGUUGUGUGAAUUUUGCGCCAAUCUUUGCCGAACUUUCAGGGGAAUAUGCUUUGGAUAACUUGAAAUUUGGUAAAGUCGACAUCGGUCGAUUCCCCGAUGUUGCACAAAAAUAUCGUAUUUCUGAUAGCAGUUUUUCACGACAAUUACCAACUGUUAUACUCUUUAAGAACGGAAAAGAGGAGGAGCGACGACCAUGCGGAGAUUCCAAAGGAAAGUUACAGAAAUUCUUCUUCUCAGCAGAUAAUGUACGUGCCGCAUUUGGCCUUAAUCAAUUGUAUAAGGAAUGUGUCGAGAAUCCAUUAAAGAAACCGAAGCAGAUAACCACCACUGUGACAGCAGCAGUUAAAAAGGCGCAGUAAUCGUUGAAUAACUUAAUUUAGUUAAAUUGUAAUAUCGAAUAAACAAAUUUCACUGACUUUUUGUUAACACAGACCGAACUAAAUAAACAUCGAUUUCAUUAAUUUAUAUAUUUAUUUAUUUUGUUUAUCGCUAUUCACAAAUUUAAUAAAAAUGUUAAAAAUAUGUAAAUAUACGUACAUACGUAUUGAGCAAUAAAGACAUACCAAAGAAUUAAA